UAAGUGACACUCUGGGAGGGGAAGCAGAACAAACUGUAAGCUGCUGGAGGAUCCAUCUUGCUCGAAAAAGGAGCGACUGUGAAGGCUUUUCCUCCCCCAGUUUAGUAUCUAACACACUGCAUCGUCCCCCCUCCGUUCACCGCGCUGGGGAGCCCGAAGAGGGGCCGUGCUGCUGUUUGUAGGAUGUCCCGACAUGAGGGUGUGAGCUGUGAUGCAUGUUUAAAAGGGAACUUUAGAGGAAGACGGUUCAAGUGUUUAAUUUGCUACGACUACGACCUGUGCGCAUCGUGCUACGAGAGCGGAGCCACAACAACAAGACACACCACAGAGCACCCCAUGCAGUGUAUAUUAACCAGGGUAGACUAUGACUUGUAUUAUGGAGGAGACACUUUUUCAGUAGAGCAACCCCAGUCAUUCACAUGUCCUUACUGUGGCAAGAUGGGCUACACAGAGACGUCCCUACAGGAGCAUGUCACCUCAGAACAUGUAGAGACUUCCACAGAGGUGAUCUGUCCAAUAUGUGCUGCCUUGCCAGGAGGGGAUCCCAACCAUGUCACAGAUGACUUUACAUCUCACCUCACACUUGAACACAGAGCGCCAAGAGAUUUAGAUGAGUCCAGCAGUGUUCGACAUGUACGUAGGAUGUUCCACCCUGGACGUGGACUGGGCGGUCCCAGAGCACGGCGGACGAAUAUGCACUUUACUAGCGGCUCCACAGGGGGACUCUCAUCCUCCUCAUCACAGAGCUCCACUUACACCCCCAGUAACAGAGAGGCAAUGGACCCAAUUGCAGAGUUGUUGUCUCAGCUGUCAGGUGUGCGGCGUGCGGCGGGGGGGCAAAUAAACUCAUCAGGGCCUUCAGCCUCGCAGCUCCAGCAGCUCCAGAUGCAACUGCAGUUGGAGCGGCAGCAGGCUCAGGCAGCACGACAGCAAGUGGAGACGGGCCGCCACGCCACACGGCGCGGCAACAACCCGGGCAACUCCGGCAACGCCAUCCCUCCACCCAACACAGCAACUGCCAACACUGCCAUUGUGGGUGAAAACAAUCCCUCAUCAUCGUCCCACAGCUCCCAGUUCCUAUUAUCACGGUUGAAUGAACCUAAGAUGUCCGAAGCAGAGCGGCAGUUUCUAGAAGGAGAGCGUGCGGACCGCAGCCUGUUUGUCCAGGAGCUGCUCUUGUCCACGCUGAUGCACGAAGAGAGCUCCUCCUCCGACGAGGAAGAGCGCCGAGACUUCGCCGACUUCGGAGCCAUGGGCUGCGUGGAUAUCAUGCCUUUAGAUGUGGCGUUGGAGAAUCUCCAGCUUAGAGAGCGCAGCUUUAUGGGGAAGGAGCCUCCGCCGCCGCCUCUUUGAUGUCCGAGCAUCAAGCAGACUGUGUCCUCUCUGCUGCAACUGUCAGUGAUGGGCAGCAAACAGCAGCAGUCCUCCCUGGCCUCACCCUCCUUCCUCCCUCUUAUUUUUCUGAGUUUUGUUUUUGGUGAUUGUAAUUUCAGGCCCGUCACCAUUUUUGUUACAUUGUAAACAAAAAUAAAUGAGAGCAAGUGGGAUAAAUGUGCGAGUGCGCAAAAGCAACUGAGUGAGCGAGCGAAGAGAAAUCUAUAAAUAUAUAUAUAUAUAUAUAUAUAUAUAUAUAUAUGUGUAUAUAUAUAUAUAUAUAUAUAUAUAUCUCAAAUAUAUAUGAAGUUGAUAAUCAAUCCACAUAACGUUUAUUUUCUUUAUCAGGUAAAUGUUACAGGCAGCUGUGGCAGACCUUUGCUUCCUGUGACAUGCAAAUGGCUCUCCGUAUAAAUACUCCACAUUCAAAAGUCAAGAGGGCGUAGGCUCCUCUGAUGAAGCUGCUGUGUGUGUUUAUGACUAUUAAUAAAUAAAGUGCUUGGAUGGGUUACCAUAACUACUGCAUGCAGUUAUUUGCAGCGUGCAUGACUUUUAAUGACCCAUGUCAUUAAAACUUUUUAAGAAAAAAAAUAUCCCAAAGCUUUCAACUGUUUUUAAAUGGCGAUUUCAAACAUGGUUAAGUAUUGGAAAUUAAGUAGUUUAACAAAACUGACAUGCGGAAAUUUAACUUUUACCAAUAUACUUUGUCAGGUUUUCUUUAAAUUAGUCGAUAUAAUGAAGAGAAAUCAAUUGGAUUCAGCUCCUGAAGAAUUUUCUACGAGACGACUUUCUGAAUAUGUCGAAGAUGCUGCUGAUCAUCUGACUGAAUAAUCGGAGCACAUUUUUUUUUUCCUAGAUGUUAAUGUUUAGUGAUAUGCUGUUUAGGAACAGUAUACGUUAUGAUUUAUAGAUAAGUACAGAUGCCCAACUAAAGUAUGUCCACUGCUCCUUCACACUAAUCUCCUGAGUUCACUCUGCCUAUGUUCAGGCCCAGUGUCACACCACAUGCUUUAGAUGGCUUCAGUGAAUUUCUUUGCUGGGUAACUGCAGCGUGACACUUUCCACGCUGCAGUUUUGUUCGUUUUUCAAGAGAAGGCAUUCUUUUUUUUUUUUUCUGCUAAGGUUAGCACUUUUUCUAUUUAUUCAUGUUUGUUUUUCUGAUUCUUUUGAGCCUUAAUAUGAGUAAUGCCACCUUCAUGCCUAUAUACUUUUACCCUCUGUAAAAAAAAAUACAAUGAGAUGUAUAUUGAAUUUGUGCGUUUCAUAAUGGUUCCGAGACAUGGGCAGACAUUUUUUUUUAAAUGUAAAUUUAGAAUACAAUAAAUAUAAACUGCGCACAGCUUUUGAUGAAACCAAGAGACCGUAA